GUGUCCCACUCCAGAGCACCGCCCUCUCAGCGAGCUCAGCUGCUCAUACAAACUGUCACACUGACAGAAGAGGACGCGUCUCAAACAGCCGUCCAACUUUUACCUCUGAUGUUAUUAUUUCUAGUGAGGACACUGGAAGAAGGGGAGAGUUCACAUUCAGACAUGAGGUGCUGAUCCUUAACUGGCAACAGUCAUCAAAGAUUUGACCACAGGAUGUCAUUCUUACUUAUUGAAGCAUGGAACUGCGCUGCUCUGGGUGGCUGCAUGUUGGAGUAGCUCUGUUGACUGUAUAAUGGGCAUGACGGUGCGAGCUGAGCUGAGGGUGUAGCCACAUCAGGCAGGGAGAGCUGAGCCGAGCAGGACUCACGGCACACCAGAGCGAUGGGGGAGAUGGAGGAGGAUUGCGACAACGUGGGGAAGCUGUUUGAGAACUUCAUCCAAGCUUCCACCUGUAAAGGAACCCUUCAGGCCUUCAAUGUCCUCUGCAGACGUUUGGACCUGGACCCCGCCGAGCACAAGACCUUCUAUAGUGGUCUGAAGGCGAAAGUCACUUCCUGGAAGGCCAAAGCUCUGUGGAGCAAACUGGACAAGAGGAUGUCCCAUAAGGAGUACAAGAAGGGCCAGGCUUGUGAGGGCACUAAGUGCCUCAUCAUCGGAGGAGGUCCGUGCGGCUUGCGGACAGCCAUCGAGCUCACCUUGAUGGGUGCUAAAGUGGUGGUCAUCGAGAAGAGGGACUCUUUUUCCAGGAACAAUGUCCUCCAUCUUUGGCCUUACACCAUUCAUGACCUGCGGGGCCUCGGCGCCAAAAAGUUCUAUGGAAAAUUUUGCGCUGGAGCCAUAGACCACAUCAGCAUUCAGCAGCUGCAGCUGAUCCUCCUGAAGGUCGCCCUGAUUGUUGCAGUGGAGUUUCACAUUAAUGUGGAGUUCAUCAAGCUGCUGGAACCGCUAGAGAAUCAGGAAAAGGAAGGGAUUGGGUGGAGGGCUGCAAUCCGACCUGCUGAUCACCCGGUGGCUAACUUUGACUUUGACGUGGUGGUGGGGGCUGAUGGGCGGAGGAAUACAUUGGAAGGUUUCAAAAGAAAAGAGUUUAGAGGCAAACUGGCGAUCGCCAUCACGGCCAACUUCAUCAACAGGAACACCACCGCUGAGGCCAAAGUGGAGGAGAUCAGCGGCGUGGCCUUCAUCUUCAACCAGAAGUUCUUUCUCAACCUCAAAGAGGAGACAGGUAUUGAUCUGGAGAACAUUGUUUACUACAGGGACAACACACAUUACUUUGUCAUGACGGCAAAGAAGCAGAGUCUGCUGGACAAGGGGGUUGUCAUUAAUGAUUACGUCGACACCCAGAUGCUGCUGAGCAGCGAGAACGUCAACCAGGAGGCUCUUCUGAGCUACGCCCGAGAGGCUGCUGACUUUGGCACCAACUACCAGCUUCCCACUCUGGAUUUUGCCAUGAACCACUGCGGGCAGCCGGAUGUGGCGAUGUUUGACUUCACAUGCAUGUACGCAUCAGAGAACGCCGCUCUGGCCAGGGAGAGGUUUGGACACCAGCUGCUGGUGGCACUGGUUGGAGACAGUCUUCUAGAGCCAUUCUGGCCGAUGGGAACAGGCUGUGCCCGAGGUUUCCUGGCUGCUUUUGACACGGCGUGGAUGGUAAAGAGCUGGGCCGAAGGUCGGACGGUCCUGGAGGUGCUCUCAGAGAGGGAGAGUAUUUACCGACUGCUACCACAAACAACCCCUGAAAACAUUGCUAAGAACUUCGAUCAGUAUACCAUCGACCCCGCAACUCGAUACCCAAACCUCAACUCCUCCUGCGUCAGGCCUCACCAGGUGCGUCACCUGUACAUCACCGAAGAGCUGAAGUGCUGCUCUCUGGAGCGUGCUGCUACCAUACGACGACCCGUCAACCUCUCCAGGAGAGAAUCUGAGAUCCGACCAUCCAGGCUUCUCACCUGGUGCCAGAAACAGACUGAAGGAUACAGGAAUGUGUCCAUCACAGACCUGACUUCCUCCUGGAGGAGUGGCAUGGCUCUGUGCGCUCUUAUCCACAGGUUUAAACCACAGCUAAUAGAUUUUGACUCGUUAAAUGAAGGUGACCACACUACCAACCUCCAGCUGGCUUUUGACGUCAGCGAACAUGAUUUUGGGAUUCGACCGUUCAUGUCCGUGAAGGAGCUGAGUGCUGGCGAGGAGCUGGAUAAAACCAGGAUGAGUGCCUACCUGUCCAAGUUCUACGAGCUCUUCCGUGGAACACCUCUACCUGUAUCGGAAUCCAGACAAGUGGAUGAAAAUAAUGAAUGUCCUUCAAAGGAAGUCAGAACUAACAACAUGUUCAGUCUUGCACUGGCGAGGAAACGGGUACCAAAGGAAGAGAAGUCAGGCAGUGUGGACUCCAUUUACAAAAGGAGGCGGAAAUUCUAUCUAGAGGAGGCCACCAAUCUGUCAAGUAAUGGCUCCACACAGCGAGACGAGCGGGAUCCCAAAGAAAACAAAGUUCGCUCAAUGGCUACUCAGCUUCUAGCCAAGUUCGAGAGUAAAAACAACUUCACCAUCCAUAAAACACAGUCAGACUGUGAGACGUCUCUGCUGCUCCCUGCUUUUAUCCACACUGAGAGUCCGCCUGUGAAACUCAGGCCUCCCGUCCCACCUAAACCUCCGUCAGUGUCUCAGGUAGUCUGGAGGUGGAGACAUCGUGACAUCUUUAUCUAUGUUCAGCUCAAAUCCAUUUUGAGAUUUAAAUCAGGAUUUUCCUGUUCACAUAGCAGUUUUGAGGUCAGUAUCAAAAAAGCGGCUGAACAGUUAGUCCACAUUCCUCCAAAGAUCCUGCUGAACCCCCAGUUGCAGUUCCAGCCUCGGCACCAGCUCCAGUUGUCAGUAGUGAGACUCAGACAUGCUAAUCAGACGUGUGCUGAGGUGAAGCCUGAGCCUCCAUCUGAGAGUCCAGGCCCCCCUGCUCCUCCUCCAUCCUGCCACUCAGCUAUCCGUUUCAUGACAAGAGUUCUCCAUCGCCUCAAGGAGGUGGAUGAACACGUAUCGGAGAAAAAGGCUCAGACACAACAAGUUAGAGAGUUUCAAACAAAAAGCAUAAAGGAGAAAGCCGUUCACAUUAGGAGGUUAUUUUCCGAGGACGGUUCUGAUGUACUCAAGGGCAGUUCCAUACGGAGGACCUUUUCUCAGAUGUCUGAAAAGUGUCACUCCUGUGGAAAGCGAGUUUAUAUGGUUGAGAGAAUCUGUGCCGAGGGGCUCUACUUCCACAGGGAGUGUUUCCGCUGUUCAACCUGCAGGUCUGCUCUGCAACAAGGAGCACAUGCGUUUAACUCUGAAGAAGGAAAGCUGUACUGCAAACACCACUUUGAUCAACGCAACAAUGGGACGAAUCUAAAGAGGACCUUUUCUCUACCAGCUAACUGUAACCGAGUUCUGGAACGACGAGCUGCAGAUGAAAAGACUCCCCCAUCCAGCGAUACAGCACACCUGCAGAGUGAACCUGAUGCAGGUACCUGCACCUCGUUUAUAAGCAGAAGCCUGAGCUGGCCUCUGAAUGUGAUUCGUGCUGCGUGCAACGCCCCCCGGUACCUCUCCCGCCGUGUGCAUGGUGCAGCCCGGGCUCUCACCAGCCACCUGAGGAACAACUUACAUGACUACACACUGCUGUAUGAGCUACUGAGCAUGAGCUUACCCCUAUUGUUUGUUUUACAAGAGGUACUCCUGCAGAUGUACACUGAGGCCGUGCCUGACGAGCCGAGCUUGCUGCAGCCUGUGCUGCUUUGGCUGCAGGAGCAAAUCAGAAUCCUCUAGUUGUUGAUAAUAAGCGCUACUCCAUCUUACUAUUAGUUCUGUGGAUGAGGCGCACACUCACUGGCACAGUAGCAUCAUGUUGCCUUUUGUGAAUGUGCACAAGCACCUUUUUUGAUGUCUUUUAUGGUGACACAAAAAACGUGUUACAUGUACUGAAGAGAAGACACUGGCAAGUUACACAUCCAAAUCGAUGCAGCAAGCUUUAUACUGAGCUAGUUAAUUAGAUAAUGAAUUAAACAUUCUUUUCCUGCAGUGCCUUGUUUAUAACGAGUAAAUUAAAUUACAUUUAUUAAAUUUAAAUUUAAUACAGUGGAUUAGAGACUUUUGAGGCAACUGGCUCAGAUAUUCUGACUGAACUAACGACACCAGAACUUUAUGCACUUUAUUUUUUAGAGACUUCCGUCUCCACAAAGCAGUAAGACAAGUUCUGCAGACAAAAUUUGGUGGAUUUUAUAAACAGUUUUCAUUGUUCUCAUAAUUUUUUCAUGGAUGGCACCAGAGUCUCUGAUGCUGUGGAGUGUUUAGCUAUAUUUUGCUGCCAUCUACUGUUGAAUCAGAAUAUGACAUGAAGGGAGACUGAUACUUCAAUCUCUUGUUUUUGAUCUGUUUACCUUACAGUUAAUUAUAAUCAGAUUUACUGUAGAUGAUAUUAGUAGUGUGCACAUUGCAAUGAAUUUGUUUUCUAUGCUAAUCAAACCUCGAUGACUGGAAGCACACAGCUGUUUUGUCUUUAGAUGCACAAUCUAAUGAUGCUCAUGCAGCACUUUAGAUUUAGAUUAAGACAUUUCAAAAUGAUCAAUUCAUUUUCAAACUGAAAAGAAAAAAGCCUUUUUGUGUGUUUUUUGUUGUCAGCUUUUUGGUAUUCUGAAACUGCAGCGUGCAGCAUGAACUAAAUGUUUACUGUUCAGGUGGGAAACAGUUUUACCAAAGAUUAAAAAAAAAUAUUUUUUGCACACAUUAACUGGGUUGAAAUCAUUUGUAAUUUAUACAUUUGUGCAGCAUAAUGACAUGUCAUGUAAAUGAACUGUGGACAUUUGUGCAAAAAUCAGAUUGGCGUCUUCAUUUUUGAAUGUCAGUGUUGUUUUGCAUAAAUAUUCUUUACUUUUGUGCCUUCA